GGUUUGAGAUAUUUGUAUAAUUUCAAAUAAGUUAAAUUAUUAAGGUUUUUAAAUUUUUCUAUGUACCUAUUCAACCUGUGAUUUGUGAUUGUUCAUUGUGAUUAUAUUGCACCCGUAAAUUGCGUCCUCUUAAGGAAUUAACCAGAAUUAGCUUAUCACUGCCAUCAGUGCAAAACCCCAGUGUGGAGGGGCUGUGAAACCAAAACAAGAUAUAGCUUUUAAACCGAUUAUAGAAAAUGGUUGAAAAUAACACAGUUUCUGUUUCUAAAGGAGUGUUUGUUUUUAAAAAUAAUUUUAAGCAUACUUCUAUGCUAUCACAUGGGAAUACUUCUAAAAUGUUUUCAAAAAAUUUAUGGCAUAAGGAAUUUAAUCUAUUAUGGAAUUCCAUUUCUGAAGAUAUUGAGGUGCUAACUUGUAAUAUGUUUUCUCUAAUGACAAAGGAUCUUUUAAGUUAUAUUAGACAAGCAUACUAUAAUUCUUCUGUAUGUGAAAUUCCUACAGCUGCUCUUCUUACUGGUAUAAAUAUGCCCGAUCAUGAUAAACAGUUUAAGAAUUUAAAAAGGCAAAUUAUAAAUGAUGUUUCACCACAUGUUGCAUUGUUAAAUAGUCAAGAUUGCAGUUCUGUAAAAUCUCUAAUGGAUAAUAUGGUCUAUCAGUUUUUAAACAAUAGUGGUUGGGAUAAGUCUAGUAAUGGAAAUUUUGGAAACAAUUUUAAGAAAUCCCAAUUAAAUCUUUCUUUGUUAGAAAGGUGGUAUGAGAAUUUGUAUUAUACAAAGAAUAAAAGUGCCCAGCCGAUUAAUAAAAAUCUUCUAAUUGUUGUUCUUCCCAAUUUUGAAAGCUUUAAUAUAGGAGUUCUACAAAAGUUCAUACUUAUUGCAAGUUCCUAUUUACAGAAGUUACCAUUUUUAUUUGUAUUUGGAAUAGCUACAUCAAUAUCAACUCUAUAUACAGCUUUCCCAUACCAUGUUUCCUCAAAAAUUAGUAUAAAAGUUUUUAAGAAUGAAUCCUCUAUACAUCUAUUAAAGAAAAUAUUGGAAAAUGUAUUUUUAAAUUCAUUUUGUGCAUUUCAACUAGGAGGCAAAAUUUUUAAUCUGUUUACUGACAUUUUCUUAUUUUAUGAUUAUUCUGUAAAUAAUUUUAUUCAGAAUAUAAAGUACACAAUGAUGGAACAUUUUUGUUAUGGAAAUGCCAUGGCGUUGUGUAGUUUAGAUAGGAAUGAUGUUAAAAAUACAUUAAAUAUCUUUAAAAGUGAAGAUUUUGAAAAUGUUAGACACUUGAAAUCUUUUAGGCAACUAGUCGAAUCAGAGUCGUAUCAAAAUCAAAUAAACCUAUUAACUAAUGAUGUAUAUCUAAAAGGUGUUAUUUUCGAAAACAUUGUCAUUUUACAGAAAUAUAUAAGAAGAUUGCAUAUAUUUUUAAGAUGCCUCUAUAUAUUAGUAUCUGAUUUACCAGGGCAUCCUCUGGGUAAACAUUUAUACGAGUUAUAUGCUACAUGUGUGAGUGAAGAUGUUACUAAGACCCCACAAUACCAGGAAUGUUUGCGGCUGUUAAGUUUUCAAUCACAAAAUAAUCUCUGUGUUAAAUUAAAUGAAAUUGUGGCAAUUCUCGACGAAUCAAUAAACAAAAAUAGUAAAAGAACCCAAAUGAAAGAGUUUUAUUCUAAAAUAAAAGACUACAUUAUUUUAUUGAAUGAUUUAAAUGAUGCUGAAAUGGAUGUUGUAGAUGAAAGUAUAUCUCCAAAUAAUUCAUUUACUAAUUGUACUGAUAGAAAAUCUUUAAAAGAGUCAUUGCUUCUGAGAACGAAAUCAAGGAUGGAGCCACUCACUAAAUAUGCAAAAUUACGAAAAGAUAUUUUAGAAACUAUCUCAUCAAAUUUUGAAAUACAUUUAGUACAGCCUAGCAGCUUGUGUUUUUAUGAAAUAUUCUUUUUUGAUGAUAUUUCAAUACAAAAUAAAAUUAUUGGAAUUCAUAGGACUGCUAUCCAUACGGCCUUAAAUGACCCACAAGUUUAUUUGCAGUGUAAUUGCUGCAAAUUAAAUAAUUCCCACUCUAUUAAACCGAAAAUGCCUGAUAUUUGUAUUACAUACAAACUACAUUUAGAGUGUGGGAAAAUGAUAAACAUGUAUGACUGGUUACAAGCUUUUUUGUGCAUUAUAGAUUCCAGUUUCAAUGCAGAAAAUAACACAAAUUCAAAAAUAAACCCGCAGUAUCAAGCUCGUUUUACUCGAGCAGUGGCUGAAUUAGAACAUCUUGGAUUUAUUAAAAGUUCCAAAAGAAAAGCCGAUCACGUCAGUCGACUUACCUGGGGUGGAUAGUUUUUUUAUAUAGUUUUAAUUAGGUUGAAUUUACUUUUUUUAUUUAUAUUUGGUAUUUUUUUCACUAUUUUAUAUUUAUAUUUUUCUAAUAAAUCUGAUUUUGUAUCUA